AUUCUAGGGUUUCAUUAAAUUUACAGCAUUUGGGGUUUCUUUAUUUGCAGAAGAAGAUUGGCGAUUAGGUAUCAUCAGCAAUGGCGACGACAGGAACUACGGCACCGACUCAGCAAAUGUCAGCGAAGAGGAAGCCUGUAUUCACAACGGUAGAUCAACUGAAACCGGGGACGACUGGACACACCCUUACGGUGAAGGUCUUGAAUUCGAACACGGUGUUGCAGAAGGGGCGGGCGGCCUCUCAGCAUCUUCGCGGCACUCGCAUCGCCGAGUGUCUUGUAGGUGAUGAUACCGGUUGCAUCAUCUUCACUGCUCGCAACGAGCAAGUUGAUAUGAUGAAGCCAAAUGCAACUGUUAUACUCCGUAAUGCUAAAAUCGACAUGUUUAAGGGAUCUAUGAGAUUGGCAGUUGACAAAUGGGGACGUGUUGAGGUCACUGAACCUGCUAAAUUUGUUGUUAAAGAGGACAACAAUCUGUCUCUAGUUGAGUAUGAACUGGUGAAUGUUGUGGAAGAGUGAUUGGAUCUUUUGGUGAUUAAUAUUUGGUGAUCCAGAGAAGCUUCAAAGUUUCAAGGCCUUGAUGGGUUUUUUUCUUUUUAUCGUGUUCCCUGCUCCUGAGCUGGAACUGGGGUAAAGUUUUCUUGGGAAGAACAUUGAAGUUGGUAUACGAAUCUUACUGAAACUAGCGAUGUUUUUUACUACUUAAUAUUUACUACAAUGAACUAGUGUUAAGUGUCAGCAUGGAUCGUUGGUUGGAUGUGUAAAGGAUAUUCACUUGUUGCUUCCACCUUAUUCUCUCGUACAGCAGUCACUGAGCCUUGCAAAGUAAAACCAUCUAGUGUUAAUAAUGUUAUCCUUCUUUAAUGUCUGUUAUUCUA